UAUUACUCCAACUUCACAACGUAAAGCAUCCCAAAUAGUGUACGCAUAACAGUACACAUAUAAAAGGAAAUAUAUCCGAUAAAUAAAUAUAUAUAUUUUUUGAAAUAAAUAAUAAUAAAGAAGAAUUCAACAUGUCUUCAAGCAACAUCAGGACUCUCCGCAACAGUGGAAAUAUUUCCCGAUACGAAAUCGUUGCCUGGAUCAACAAGAACCUCCAGCAUAGUGAAGUAAGGCACGUCGAGGAUCUGUGCACCGGAGUUGCCUACUGCCGGAUGAUGAGUCAGAUCUGCCCCAGUUGCAUCAACCUGAAGCAGGUGAAGAUGAUGCCCACGGGGAAGAAUGACUACGAGGACAAUCUGUGCCUCCUGCAGGAUGCCUUUGAAUACAUGGACAUCAAGCAGCUGGUGCCCAUCGAUUACCUCAUCCAGGGUCGAUUCAAGCAUAAUUUCGAGUUCAUUAAGACGUUCAAAGAAAUCUAUGAAGCGAAGAUUAAGCAAGCGGAAAAGAAGAAAAUUGCGAAGCCCAUUAAGCCCAAGACAUCGCGUAUUUCAGCCAACAGGAAGAAUUUGACCGAGACAAAGUCCUCCUUGGUCGAAAUUGCAGACAAGGAGGAGAAUAAGAAAGUGCAAGAUGUUCCCGAAGAAGACCCAAUGCCAAUGGAACCGGAAGUACCAAUGAAGGUGUCACGUCUUUUAUGCAAGAUGAAACCUACGAUCAAAGCAAAGCUACUGGAAAACACUCAGUUCUUGGAUGAAACUUUAAAUAAGAAGGAAGAUCCUAAAUCGGAGAGAAAAGUGCAAGAUGUUCCCGAAGAAGUCCCAAUGCAAGUGGAACCGGAAAAGCCUAUAAAGGUGUCACGUUUAUUGUGCAAGAUGAAGCCUGCGAUCAAAACAAAAUUACAGGAUAACACACAGUUCUUAGAUGAAUUUUCAAAUAAGAAGGAAGACUGUAAAUCGGAUAAGAAAGUGCAAGAUGUUCUCGAAGAAGACCCAAUGCCAAUAAAACAAGAAGUGCCUAUAAAGGUGUCACGUUUAUUGUGCAAGAUGAAGCCUACGAUCAAAGCAAAGCUUCAGGAUAACACUCAGUUCUUGGAUGAAAUUUCAUAUAAGAAGGAAGAUCCUAAAUCGGAGAUGAAAGUGCAAGAUAUUCUCGAUGAACACCGGAUAAUGAUGAACCUGGAAAUGCAAGAGGAACCGGAAAUACCACUAAACUUGUCGAGCCUUUUAACCAAGAGGAAACCUUCGAUCAAAUUAAAGCCUCAAGGUGAAACAACGACCAAAGUAACAGACAAGGCAAGAAAAGUAGAAUUCAAUACGAGGCAGGAAGUGCAGUAUUAUUACAACGACGAUUUCAUGAUGGAUUCAGAAUCAAACUCGGAGGAAAUACAGAGCAACGAAAUACAGGAUAAUGAAGUUUUCAUGAUCUCUUCGUUUGGGCAAACUUAUGAAUUAAAAAGGGACAUUCUUCAAUUUUCGGAUGCGCCGGGAUUAUUGGAAUCCCCUUACUAUUACUACUUCAGUCCAGGAUGGAAAGGACGACGAUGGCGUUCAGAGGGAUUUCUACUUGCCACCCAUCUAAGUCCCUCAUAACAAUUUCUCAAUACUUUAUAUUUUUUAUAAAUGAACAAAAUUAGUCAUCGAUCGUGAAAGGCAAAUUAGGAAUAGCAAAAAGGGGCCUUCAAUAAAAAUAUUCGUU